GUCUGGUUAACCUUCGUCUUCACCUUUGCACAAACAACACUUUCCAUUUUCUCCAAUUGUAUAUCUUCUUUGCUCCUCAAUCUUGAGUUACACUGACCAGCUAUCCUGAGUUCACCAACAAAGAUGGUGGGGGCUUUAUCUGUGGUGAGUUCAUCAGUUAUGGAGUCUCAGACUGGUCCAUGCUUGUGCUUGUCGGAAGCAUUGCCAUCCGACAACAUCAACCUGAGAAGAAAGCAUGCGGCGGCAAGGGCCGGUUCGAUUAAAUUAGUCAGCUCCUUCGUCGAUUCAUGGCCUGAUUGGAGGCUGUCUUCCAAGAUGAUUGUGACCAAGGGUUGGAGGAAGCAGCGCAAGGACCGUGGACUUGUGGUUGUUGAUAAUUUGGGAGGGCAGUAUGAAGAAACUUUUGGUGAUGUUAAAAAGCAAUUACUCAAUUACUUCACAUACAAAGCAGUGAGGACUGUUCUUACUCAGCUUUAUGAAAUGAAUCCUCCAAAAUAUACAUGGUUUUAUCAGUACGUUGCAUCAAAUAAGCCCAGCGAUGGCAAACUUUUCUUGCGCAUGCUCGGGAAGGAGAAUCAAGAGCUUGCUGAAAGAGUGAUGAUAACACGGCUUCAUUUGUAUGGAAAAUGGAUUAAGAAAUGUGAUCAUGGUCAGAUAUACAACGAGAUAUCGGAAGAGAACUUGGAACUGAUGCGCGAGCGGCUUAUGGACACUGUGGUUUGGCCCUCCGAUGACACAAACCUGACAACAUUGGCUGAAGCCAUUUACAUUUCUUCUCUUUUGAGUUAGCCUUAGCUAACCUUU